AUGAUUAAAUUAUGGUUUUUCAUUUUGCUUAUUGCAAAUUUAUGUGAUUCAUGACAAGAAAAUUCUAAUGAUUUUCACCAAGUAAAUUUUCCAGAAAUAUAUGAAAUUGGCUUGCAAGAAAUAUUUAUUCCAAACCUAUAUAUCAAAAAGGAAUUCUAUUUAUCAUUUUUAGCGAAAACUUAUGCCAAUACCCCAAUGAGGCUAGCAGAAAUUGCAUGAGACGAACAAGAAAGUGCUUAUUUUGAAUUAAAUGACCACAAAAUUACUUUGAGACUUAAAGACUCCCUAAUCGAAGUGUCUUUAAAUUUGAAUUCCACUAACUUCCCAAGUAAUAAGCAAAUUCUUGCUUAUUCGUGGGGGGUUUUGAGCAAAAUAUUUUUUAAUAGAAAUUUUAAUAUGAAUAGAUCGAAAUUUGCUUAUUAUUGAGGUUAAAUACUCAAAAUUUGCAUUAUCUGAUACCCCAAUAAUAAGGAAAUUUUAAUCUAUUCAUAUAAAAUUUACUAUAUGAAAAUUUUGUGUAAAAAACCCCACAAAUAAGCAAGAAUUUGCUUUUUGCUGAGGUAAUUGAAAUUUAAUAAUUGGCGGCUUGGAAAAUAGAUAUCUGAAGAUUUGCUCCUAUGAGUGGAAAAGCAUGAAUUCAGCUAUAAAAUGUGUCUCAAGCUCCAUAUUAUUACCAAAUUAUAUUCCUCAAAGGUAUUCGCCUUUUCGCGUGAAUUUUGAAACUGAUUACUUUCGGUUUCUUAGGAUAUCAGAAAUCGCAUCAAAUCCAAAAUUGCACAUUGAAAAUUUCCCUCAGCUUAUGAUAGAAAGAAGAAUCCUAGAUGAAAGAUCUACCAUAGAGAUUGAUUUCAGUGGUGUUCAGCCACAAGUAAUUUAUGGAAAUUAUAUGCCUCUUGGAAACGCAGAUGGCGUAACAUGAAAUCCAGAUUAUUUAGAUAAAAAUUCUCCAUAUCCUAUGAUAAAUUCUGGGAUUUAUUUUAAUGGAGUUUCCUCACUCCCACCCUACAAAAUGUAUUUCAUUCGCUAACGUAGGGGGGUUAAUAUUUUUUAUUCAAUAUAAAUUUUUAGUAAAAUUAUAUUUCGAAAUUUAACAAACCAUAUUUUAAAUAAUUAACUAGAUAUUUCAUUGGAAUAAAUAUCACUUAUAUAUCAAAAUAACUUUCUUAAAAAAAAUUUUGCGCUCAAAGAGGAUGGGUUUUUAUUAAAAAUAGGGAUUUUUCAAUGAUUUUGUCCGCUCACGGAGGGGGAUUCAGCACUUUUCUUUCCAAAGUCCUCAAAUUUUCCUUAUUCCCAUCCAUGAGCAAGCAAAACCGUUGGAAAAAUCCCUAAUUUUUAAUUAAAACCCACCCUCCAUUUGCAAAAAAAAAAUUAAUAUAUAAAUUUUUUAUGAAAAAAUAUUUUGAUAUAUAACUGAUAAUUAUUAUAAUGAAAUCUCUAACUAAUUCUGUUUAAUUUUAAACAGCUUCCAUUUUUAAAAAAUAAAUUUUGGACAUUAAAUAAAUAUUUGCUUUAAAAUUAUUUCAAAUAAUGAUUUUUUAAAACUUAUAUAUGAGCGAACAAAAUUUUUUUGGAGGGGGGAAAUUAUGAUAGUUCACUAUCUGAUCCCUUACUCUCCUUUCCUUUAAAUUGAAACAAAUUUUUUGUAUGGGCAAUGCUUUUUAAAAAAAUAAUAUUAAUUUUUUCUGUAUACAAUUUAAAAGCUCAAUGCUGUGGGUUUAAUUUAUUUUUAUAAAGAAUUAAUUUAAAACUUUAAAUAUAUGGUGUGCAAACUGUUUUAAUAAUCUAGAUUAACUUUUUAUACUUAAUUAGAUCAAAAACAUUUUAUAAAAUAUAUUUUCGCCUAUAAAAUUUUCCUAUUGCAAAAUAAGUUUUGUUCGAAAUCUAAGAGGUUAAAAUAUCCAAAAAAUUAAAAUUUUACUCUACAUUGUUUCAAUUUAAAGGGGCUAGUUAGUUUUAUCGUCUUUUCAAAGCUGAAUUUUUUGGAUUAGACCAAUAUUUCAGGAUCAAGAAUGCAUUUUAGUUUCUAAACAGGAGUCUUUAAGCAGAUACUUAAAAAUUUCGCUAGGAAAUGAUGCAUCCUCCUUAUUUUUCACAGAUGAGAACAACAAAUUGACAACAGCUCAAUCAGAUAGCUCAGUCAAAAAUAACACAUGGCAACUAUUAUCUAUAGCAUGAAGCUCAACUGAAAUAGAGUUUUACAUAAAUGAUAUAAAAGUAACUCAGAUUUUGACAAGUUCAUUAGGAUUUUCAGAUAACUCCAAUUCACAACUAGUUAUUGGGGCUGAUUCAUUAGAAUCUUCAAAUUACUAUAAAGGGUUUUUAUAUUAUUUAUCCUAUUUUUCCUUUAAAAUUUCAAUUGAAACAAUACAAAAUUAUAUAGGGAGCUGUCAGUCGUGCAAUUGCCCGAGUAAAACAAACUCAUGUCUCGGCUCAUGCAAUUUUGGUGAGUAUUUUUACGAUUCUCAGUGCAAAUCUUGUCCAAAUAAGUGCACAGAAAUUGGCUGUAUAUAUGGAGAUAGUGGUGCUCAAUGCAACAGAUGCAGAGACUCUCUGUGUGAAUUCUGUGAAACUUAUACAGAAACUUGCAAACAAUGCAAAAAAAAUGCGAUUCUUGAUAAUUAUUGCUACUGCCCAGAUGGAUUUUACAAAGAUUAUAAUAGUGAAAGCUGCAAACCAUGCCAUGAUAAUUGCAGCAAAUGCUCAGGGGCUACUAUGGAUUUGUGUGAUGAAUGCGUAAAAGUAGUUGAUAGCUGAUGUGUUGAAGAAUGCCCUAGUCUAUAUACCACAGAAAGUGAUGGAAGCUGCACUUUGUUCAACAAAGAACCUGAAAAACUUGUAUUUGACUCUUUGAGCUCUCUUUUGGUUUCGAAACCAUACUCAUUAUUAAGCUUUCAAACUGGGAUAAAUGGCUAUCACAUGGAAACCACAGAUCCAUAUCCUGAGUAUCAUAAAGGGUAUUAUUUUGACCCAAAAAGUUUAUUGAUUCAAAACAAUCAAGCAAUGAUAAUUUCCCCACAAAAUUCCUGGGCUUUUUGGCUUAAACCUACAAAUCCAAGUGGGAUUUUGCUAUCAAAAAGAUCAAGUGAAACUAUAUCUUAUAGAUGGAUAUUAUCGGAUAAUAUUCUAUCUGUUGAUAUAAAAUUAUUAAAUGGAAAAUAUUUGCAUAGUUGCUCCAUAGAGAUAAGCCAAAAUAUGUGGACUAUGGUUGCAGCCAUUUUAGAAUAUGAAAGUGGGCAAUAUGAAGGGUCUGUUAACUGUUUUAUUAAUGGCUCUUUUAUGAAUUCUAAUGAAAUUGGAGUCACAUAUAUAGAUGAUUCAUCAGAUUCUAUUAUUUAUAUAGGUGAAGAAUACAAUGGAUGAAUUUAUGAAAUUAUUUAUAGCCCAAAUAAGCUUGAUUUAUCAAAUUUCAUUAGUGAUGGCGAUUGCAAAAGCUGCUCUUCUUGUGAUUAUACUUUGCCUGAGUUUUGCUUAGACGAUUGCCCAUUUCACCAAUUUUAUGAUCCAGAUAAAAAUAAAUGCGUAGAAUGCGAUAGCAGCUGUGGAAGCUGUGUAAGGAAAGAAAAUUGCAGUUUGUGUAUUGAUAAACUGUGCAGCUCUUGCUCUACAUUUGAAGAUGCCUGUGAUAAAUGUCUAGAGAAUGCUUCUAUGAAUGAAGAUUCUAUUUGCAAAUGCGCAGAUGAGUUUAUCUAUAAUCCAUCAGUAGGAUUAUGCACAGAAUGCUACGAAAUCAAUAGCUUAUGCGUUAUAAGCUGCCCUACUCUUUAUAUUUCACAAGAAAACUAUACUUGCACAGCAAGUGAUAAUUUAUAUAUGAGAUUCAGCUUUGAGACCCUGGAAAAUAUUAUAACAGACAGCAGAGAUCAACCGGUUUAUGAACUUAUGACAGGAUCCUCUUUGAGUUUUUAUCCAAAUUAUGAUGAUAAUGACCCUAUUCCAGGCUACCAACGAGGCAUGUUUUUUGAUGGAAAAAAUGACUAUCUUCCAAGAUAUUCAGGCAAUUUCACAAUCUCACCUUAUAGCACAUGAAUUCUUUGAAUAAGCCCAUACGAUUUAAGCCAAGGCAUGAUUUUUUCAAAAAAUGAUAAUGAGAAUGACAAUGUAAUCUCAUUGUAUAGUACCAAUUAUGAUUCAUAUUUGGCUAUCAUGAAUUGCUCCUUUUCCAUUACUUUGUCUGAACACGAGUGAAAUUUUAUAGUGAUUCUAAUAUCUCAAGACAAAAGUUCCAGCAUUUCUGUCACUUUUAUCAAUAAUGGCUAUCAGAGUAUAAUGACUGAAUCUGGGUCUAUUGAAGACUAUUUGAAUUAUUAUUUAACUAUCGGAGACAGCACAAUAAGCUGCUGGGGCUGGUUUUAUGAACUGGUUUAUGCUGCCAAGCUAUUAGACUCAGAUGAAAUUUCACAAGAGUAUAAGGGCUAUUAUUAUUGUCCUAGACAAGAGUCAUUUUGCUUAAAAAGCUGUAAUUUGAAUCAAUAUUAUUCUGAAUCUGGAGAGUGUGCUGAUUGCCUAUCUAGUUGCAAAACAUGUAUAUCAAACAGCACAUGUGAUUUAUGUGCACAACAAAAAUGCUCAUCCUGCUCAUCUAUUGGUGGAAAUUGCAUAUGUCCAUAUGAUGCAACACAAAAUUCCAACAAUGUUUGUACCUGCAUUGACCCAAACAAAAAUUUUAAUAAAAACACAAUUUCUUGUGAUUGCCAUGAUGGAUACUGAAAUAACCAAGGAGAAUGUGAGAUUUGCAACUACUACUUGCAAAAUGAUGAUAUUUCUUGCAAUUUUGCAAGUAGCUAUAGGCAGCUUGAAAUAACUUUUUCAGUUCCAGUAAAAACUUCAGGGAUUUCAUGCGAGUCUUUAUUUAAUUCAGACACUUUAAAUAAAUUUGGGGACGAUUAUAGAUGUUACUUUAUGAAUGACAACUUAAAAUUUUAUGUUAAUUUGGGAUUGAAUUUUACUAUUAAAGAAGGGGACAGUUUGAGCUUUCAAAAGGAAAUAAUUGGGAAAACAUCAAAAUGUGGGUAUGAGAAGACAUUAGUUAAAGCUACCCUAGAGCAUAAAUAUGAUUACCCAAGCCCUAUAAUUAUAUUGAAUGCUCCAAGUGUUAUAGAUAUGAGCUGCCAAGAUUUGAGGAUCGUUGGCAGAGUUAAUGGAAAAUUAAAUCACGACUUAGAAAUAAAGUGGUCAUUUUCUUCUAAUCCAAGCAAUGCAAAUUUGAUAAAAUAUGAAACCGAUUAUCAAAUCAGCAUAGCAAGCAUUUUAAUCCCAAAAGCAGAGCUACUUUCAGGGAUUUUAACAGUAACCUUAACAGCAAAAAACUUUUUGGGAUCAAUAUCAAAUUUAUCUCAAAAUAUCACUGUUUCAUCUAGUUCAGCAAUAUCAAUAAAUUUUGACUCUUUAUAUUAUUCAAUAACAAGAUUUCAUCCAUUUACAGUAUCUAUUGGCUCCCUUUCCUCAUGCCAAGCGUUAUCAAAUAAUAUCAAUAUAGAAUGAAGUUUAAGCUCAGUUAUGAAUAAUCAAACGGCGAUUAACGAGACGACUUUAUGAGCCAGCCAAAACGGUCAAAUGGCUUUAAUAAUACCCAAAGGAUGGAUUCCAGCUCUUUCAACUGCGAAUUUCAAGAUAGAAGCAACUGACCAAAGCACUGGCUUUACAGGCACAAACUAUAUAAGCAUUUAUAGCAAAGAAUCAUUGCCAGUUAUAUUAUUUGAUAGAACAGAUGGUAUUGCAUCAGCUAAUGAGCAGCUAUCAAUAAGCGCAUUAAGCUCAUAUGACCCAGAUGGCCUUGCCACUUUUUCUUAUAAAUGAAGCUGUAAUACGAAUUAUGAAGAUUGCAGUAGCUUAAUCACAAGCGUCUCGUCAGGAACUUUAAAUGUCCCAAAAAAUUCUCUUUCUGUCGGGGAAAGCUAUAUAUUUACAAUCACAGUGACAAAAUCAAACUCCGCGAAAUUAUCAUCAACAAAGCAAAUCACUAUAAAUAUAGUUGGAAAUUCUGGAUCUAAAAUUUCUAUUGCUGAAACAAAUAUAAUAAAACCAAAUGUAGUGAAUCCUAAUGAAGCUUAUAAAAUAAAAAUUAAUCAAUUGGUGAGUUUGGUUACUUGGAGCUGCCAAAGUGAACUUCCUAUUGAAUUUGCAAGCAGCUUGAAUACUAAUUUUUUAGUGGUUAAAGAAAAUUCUUUGCAGCAAGGAGCAUAUUAUACGCUCGAUAUAUUAAUUGGCUCAAGCUAUAGCUAUACUUGAAGUUUUUAUGUAAACCAAGCUCCAGUUUUUGGGGAUUUUAUUGUAUCUCCUCAGAAUGGGGUUGAACUAGAAACAAUUUUUACAUUAGAAGCUUAUGAAUGGAUUGAUAUAGAGGAAGAUUAUCCUUUGAGUUAUAUUUUUGGAAUGACUAUUGAUAAUUCUUCCAUUUAUUUAUCUGGAAAAAAUUCCUCUUCAAUUUUUUAUUCCAAGUUUUUACUCUCAAAGAGGUUAGUUAACAAUAUCGGUGAUAUUAAUAGUUUAUUUUUCUAUAGAAUGCAAUUAUUUGGUAUCAAAUAGUUAAAACUCCAUUUUUAUAAAGAGUGUAAAUGGAAAUUAUGAAAUUUUUGUAGAUAUAUAUGACUCCCUUAAUACCUAUUCCAGAGUAGUUUCUAAUAUAACAGUAGAAAAAAAUACCAAAACAGACUAUUCAAAACUAUAUGAAGAGAUAAAUAAGCAACAAAGUUCACCAACUCUUGAUAUCCCAACUAUAGUUUCCUCUACUUAUUGAUUGACAAGCUUACCAUUGAAUUUUUCUGGAAUCUCAAAUUUAGCUGUCGACACUUCUUUGAAAUUUAAUUUGUCAAUUAAAUACAUUAACUCAUACAUUGAUUUAAUGGAUCCUGAUGAUUUUUCAUCAUACUAUGGUCUUCUUUCUAUGCUAAAAAUGAUUUCUCAGGCGUUAUUUAUAAACUCUUAUGAAGAGUUGCUGAUAUUCAAUAAAACCAUAGCUAACAUUUUCACAUACAAUAGUGUUGCGUUAAGAGACAGACAAGUAGAAAUUUUCUUUGACUCCCCCCCCUUUAAAUAGCAAAAAAAAUCCUGUUCUAAUUUAAAGGGCUAAAAUCAAUUUUAUUAAAUUUUUUCAAGAAAUAAUGAAAACUGUUUAAAUAAUUCUAGUUGCAUUUUUUCCAUUAACUAUUUUUUAUAAAAUAUAUUUUUAACUAAAAUUUUCCUGUAGAAAAAAAUUUUGGUCCAAUUAGCAGAGAUUAAACCCAAAAUGGAAAUUUUACUAUGCUUUGUUCCAAUAUAAAUGGGGGAGUGAAUCAUUGAAUGCUAUUUAUAGCAAUUCAUUUUUGAAUGAAAGUGUAAUUGGAUUAAUAGAAGAUAAUAUAGUAAUUGCAAGUUCUAUAAUUCGUCCGUAUAUGAUAUCAAAUGAAAAUAAGCACUUUUAUAGUGGCAACAUAGAAACAUUAUUUGCAAAUACCCAAACUCGAUAUAUUUUUGACUCAACUUUGUCAUUAAACAAUUUCACUUUUCAUCUUCCUGUCAAUAUUCCUCAACUUAUUCCAAAAAAAUCACCAUUUUCUAUCAUUUAUUCUAUACCUAUAUAGUUAAUAUGAAACAUUCUCAUGGCUUCCAUUAUUUUUGUUCAUGUAGUAAAUAGGAAAGUGGCUACCAGUAGGAAUGCUUCAUUCAUUGUAAAUAAGUAUAAAUUUUCAUUAGCAUCUCCAAAAUAUCCAGUUAUAGCUUAUACCUUAUAUGAGGCUGGCAACAAUACUCCGUUAUCUAUUUCAUUAAAUUACACAGAAAUCGAAUUUCAAACUCCAAAUUUAAAUACAUCACAAGAGAUGCACUGUGCGACGCUAAACAGGACAAGUUCUGCCUGAAAUGAGAGCAGCUGCUCUUUAGGCAAAAUUUCUGAAAGCUCAGUUACUUGCAAUUGCUAUCAUUUAUCUAUUUAUUCAAUUCAAAUAAAAAACACGACAAAUAAUGACCCAGGGGGUGAUCCUAACAAUCCUAUUACAAUAGAUAUAGAAAAAGGAUCCUUCAUUCCAGUUUAUAUAUUUGGCGGUAUAGCUUUUCUUUAUAUUAUUUCUAUGAUUUCUUCUUUUAUGUGAGAAAAAAAUGAGAAAAUCGAAGUCAAUGUUAUCGCACCGAUCAAGGAUAGUUCAAUAUCAAAUAGAUCAAACGUAUCACUCCAUCACAAUCAUCAGGAUUCUGCACGUUUUGAUUUUAAGCAGUCAAGAAGUUUAAUACCUCUCGACAUAAGCGAUACUGUUGAAAUUGUUGAUAAAACUUUAGCAAAAAUCGAGAUAAGCUUUAUGGAGCCUCCACAUGAAAGUAAACGAUGGGAAUAUGUAUUGAAAAAGCAUAUCCUUCUCUGUAUUUUUAUCAAAGAUCCUCAUGUGAAGUUAUAUAAAAAGAUAAAUAUACUUGCAAUGUAUUUUAUAGUAAGUUUAGGACUGCUGGGGGCAAUUUACCAUUGGGAUGAGUUUUAUCAGGAUAAUUUGAACAAUAAAUCAUUUAUAGGAGUUUUGGAAAGUUUGAAUGGAAAAGAUAUGAUACCUAUUGGGGCAUCUAUAUUAGUUACAUAUAUUAUAUGCUUUUUAUUAGAGACUUUAUCAGAAAAUAUGCCUGUAUUUGAAGGAAUUGACGAAGAAACCUAUUACAGAACUGUGAGAAAUAAUAUAUAGCCCAUACCCUUAUAUAGAUUUAUUUAUAGAAAAAAAAAAAGGGACGAUUGAGCAACCAUGACAGACUUUCUCAAAGGGAUGUGCUGGAUCUCUAUAUCAGGAUUGAUUAAAAAGUGACAUGUCAAAAAAUAGUUGACAAGUGUGAAAAAGUUGACAAGCAAACACACCAAUUUUUAAAAUGGCUUUAUUAUUAAAUUAAUUUUAAAUUUAAGAUACCCUUUUAGACUGGGAUUGAUUAGUAUCCUACUUUUUUUCCCUCUUUUUCUGAUAUACAUUAAGUAGAUUUUUAAAUGAACAAACCAAUUGUUUAUGAUCAAAUGUUCUAUAAAAGCCAAAGUUGUAUUGAGCGCUUGUAGCUCUUUAUGAAGUUUUUAAUGGUUCAUAAAAAAUGUUUUAUAUUUAUCAUCUCCAGUCUAAAAUGAUAUCUUAAAUUUAAAAUUAAUUUAAUAGUAAAGCCAUUUUUAAAAAUUGGUGUGUUUACUUGUCAACUUUUUUUCACACUUGUCAACCAUUUUUUGACAUGCCACUUUUUAACACAUCCUGAUAUAGAGAUUCAGCUCGCCCCUUUGAGAAAUUAUGUCAUGGUCUUCAACUGUCCAUUGCAUUUUUGUUCUAUAAAGAAUCUACAUAGAGAUAUGGGGAUAGAAUAAAAGUCAUAUCUUGUGUGAUUUUGUCGUUAUUAAUAUUCAGCUUAAGUGCUUACUUGACCGCAAUUUUUUCUCAAGACUUCAGUACAGCAAUGAUAUACUUGUGGAUAAUAAGCAUCAUUAUUUCUUAUGUAGUUGGGAUUUUUAUUGCGCCUUUUCUAAAAAUGCUUAUUGAAAUUGCUAUAUAUCAAAAUUUUGUGAAAUUUUAUUAUGCUAUGAGGGGCUGGCAAAAAGAAGAGAAAGCUUAG